CCGGCCCCGCGCCCGGCCCCGGCCCUCCGAGCGGUGUCCUCCUCCUUCCCUCCUUCCCUCCUUCCCUCCCCGGUGCUCCUCUUUCUCCUCCUCCCGCUCCUGCUCGCUCGGUCUCCGGCUCUGGCACCGGCUCCUGCUCCUCCCGGCCGCCCGGGGCCAAGGCGACGUGAGGUUGUAAAAAUCCAUGUGGGACGGCCCCCGGGCGAGCAUCGGAAAGGUCUCUGAGUGGAGUUAUUUUCUGGUGCAGUGAAAAUUCUGGACAAUUGUGGAAAUAUUAGCUCAAAUCCCAACUUAGUAUCGCAUUUCUUCUCUUCAGUAACAACCUCAUAAUAGAAGAAAAAUGUAUGGAAGUGCAAGAACAAUCACCAAUCUGGAAGGUAGCCCUUCCAGAUCCCCUCGUUUGCCAAGGUCUCCUCGUUUGGGCCACCGAAGAACAAGUAGUGGGGGAGGUGGAGGAGCAGGCAAGACUCUGUCUAUGGAGAAUAUCCAGUCCCUCAAUGCAGCCUAUGCUACGUCUGGACCCAUGUAUCUGAGUGAUCAUGAAGGAGUGGCUUCAACAACUUACCCAAAGGGCACCAUGACUCUGGGAAGGGCUACAAAUCGAGCUGUAUAUGGAGGCCGUGUCACAGCCAUGGGGAGUAGUCCCAAUAUUGCUUCUGCUGGACUUUCCCACACAGAUGUCCUUUCAUACACAGAUCAACAUGGUGGUCUGACUGGUUCAUCCCAUCAUCAUCACCACCAGGUCCCCUCCAUGUUGAGGCAGGUAAGAGACAGCACAAUGUUAGAUCUUCAGGCCCAGCUGAAGGAACUGCAGAGAGAGAAUGACCUCCUCCGGAAAGAGCUCGACAUCAAGGACAGCAAGUUGGGAUCUUCCAUGAACAGUAUUAAGACCUUCUGGAGCCCUGAGCUUAAGAAGGAGAGAGUCUUGAGGAAAGAAGAGGCAGCACGGAUGUCUGUCCUCAAGGAGCAGAUGAGGGUUUCCCAUGAAGAAAAUCAGUUACUGGAUGCCAGAAGAACCAAGCACCUACAGUUGACAAUCCAGGCCCUUCAAGAUGAGCUGCGAACCCAGAGAGACCUCAACCACCUCCUUCAGCAAGAGAGUGGCAACCGAGGAGCAGAGCACUUCACCAUUGAGCUGACUGAGGAGAACUUCAGGAGGCUCCAAGCCGAACAUGACAGGCAGGCUAAGGAGCUGUUCCUUUUGAGAAAGACAUUAGAGGAAAUGGAGCUGAGAAUUGAAACACAGAAACAAACCCUCAAUGCCCGAGAUGAGUCGAUUAAAAAACUUCUUGAGAUGUUGCAAAGUAAAGGCUUGCCGUCCAAAAGCCUGGAGGAUGACAAUGAGCGAACGCGGCGGAUGGCAGAGGCUGAGUCUCAGGUCAGCCACUUGGAAGUGAUUUUAGACCAGAAAGAGAAGGAAAACAUACAUCUUAGGGAGGAAUUGCACCGAAGAAGCCAACUUCAGCCAGAGCCAGCCAAGACGAAGGCUCUCCAGACUGUCAUUGAAAUGAAGGACACAAAAAUCGCUUCAUUGGAGCGAAACAUAAGGGAUCUUGAGGAUGAGAUCCAGAUGUUAAAAGCCAAUGGUGUGCUGAACACUGAGGACCGUGAAGAAGAGAUCAAACAAAUUGAGGUUUACAAAAGUCACUCCAAGUUUAUGAAGACCAAGAUUGAUCAACUGAAGCAGGAACUUUCAAAGAAGGAGUCAGAACUUCUUGCCUUACAAACAAAGCUUGAAACUCUUAGCAAUCAAAAUUCAGAUUGCAAGCAACACAUUGAAGUGCUCAAAGAGUCACUUACUGCCAAAGAACAGAGGGCUGCCAUCCUUCAGACUGAGGUAGAUGCACUGAGAUUACGACUGGAAGAAAAAGAAUCUUUCCUCAAUAAAAAAACAAAACAGCUGCAGGACCUCACAGAAGAGAAGGGGACACUGGCUGGUGAGAUUCGUGACAUGAAAGAUAUGUUAGAAGUGAAGGAAAGAAAAAUUAAUGUUCUUCAGAAAAAGAUUGAAAACUUGCAAGAACAACUUAGGGAUAAAGACAAGCAACUGACCAACCUGAAAGACAGAGUGAAGUCCUUGCAAACAGAUUCCAGUAAUACAGACACUGCACUGGCAACACUAGAGGAAGCUCUGUCAGAGAAGGAGAGAAUAAUUGAGCGCUUGAAAGAACAGCGGGAAAGAGAUGAUCGGGAAAGACUAGAAGAAAUAGAAUCCUUCCGAAAAGAGAACAAAGACCUGAAAGAGAAGGUCAAUGCUUUACAAGCUGAACUGACUGAAAAAGAGUCUAGUUUAAUUGACCUCAAAGAACAUGCAUCUUCAUUAGCCUCUGCAGGACUGAAAAGGGAUUCCAAAUUAAAAUCUCUAGAAAUAGCCAUUGAACAAAAGAAAGAGGAAUGUAGCAAAUUGGAAGCACAGUUAAAAAAGCAAGCUGAGCAGUUGUUCAAUCAGAUGUACAACCCAAAGUCAAUUAGGAAUAAUGGGAAACAAGGGGCACAUAAUAUUGAAGAUGACUCCAGGAUGAACCCUGAGUUCGCAGACCGAAUAAAACAGCUCGAUAAAGAGGCGUCUUACUACCGUGAUGAGUGUGGCAAGGCCCAAGCGGAAGUGGACCGGUUGCUGGAGAUCCUAAAGGAGGUGGAGAAUGAGAAGAAUGACAAGGACAAGAAGAUUGCAGAACUGGAGAGCUUGACUCUCAG